AUUAUCGGUCGUCUUUGGAAUUGACAUAUCCCGUGGCGGUAUUUCCUCAGUAAAAGUAAAAAUUUAUAAUUUUAGUUGUGUAUAAAUAUAAAUGUUGAUCUCAGCCAUGGGCGAUCUUUAGUUUGUGCCUUUUAUCAAGUGAUGUAAUAAAUCUCAGAAGAAAUGGAUCGUCCACUUCUAUAUUUUGUGUGUCCUGCUGUCUAUGGCAUAAAUUACUAAAAGUCAAUUAUACAGAUGUGCAGAGAUGUGUUUCUAUUAAUAUAUUUGAUUGAGAGCUCCAAGGCAUAACAAUUGACAUAAGAACCCAUCUGGACAAUGGGGUUCUCUACAAGCCUACAGGGCCAAGCCUCUCACGAGGCUCUUCUUGGUCGACAGGAUGCUGAGAUAAAACUUUUAGAAACAAUGAGGCGUUGCUUGACCAAUAAGGUCAAGUCAGAUCGAGAGUAUGCUUCAACGAUCUCUUCUCUUACUGCACAGGGCAAGAAAGUAGAACGCAGUGAGGAGCUUGUUGGGAGCUUAAUUGCUCAGAGCUGGCGUGACAUAAUGGACUCCAUUGAUCAAACUGCUAAACUCAUUAAGCAACAGGCUGAUUCUAUGGAAAGUACAGUAGUUGAACAUAUAAGCAAUCUCCACUUAGAAAGAAGAAAGGCCAGAAAAUUGUAUCAGGAAGAACAGACAUGGUUAAAUAAUCAAUUUCAACAAUUAACUGAUGACGUAUCCAGGAAAAAAACAGAGUAUCAAAAAAAUUUGGAAGUUUAUAAGUUAAUGAGAUCUAGAUUUGAAGAGCAUUACAUUAAAUCUGGCCGCGGGGGUAGAAAAUUAGAUGAAGUCAGAGAGAAAUAUCAAAAGGCUUGUAGGAAGCUCCAUUUAACACACAACGAAUAUGUAUUACUUCUUGGAGCAGUAACUGAAUGUGAGAAUGAUUUGAGAACCUGUUACUUGCCAAGUUUACUUCAGAGACAGCAAGCCAUCCAUCAGGAAUUUAUAGUAACAUGGAAAGGUAUUCUUCAAGAAAUGGUAAAAUAUUCUGACUUUACCACUGAGAAGUUUUUAGAAAUUCAUACUCGAAUGCAAAAGGCUGUAGAUUCGAUAAAACCCAUCGAGGAAUACAAAGAUUUUAUAGGAAAACACAGAACAAGACAAGCUUCGCCAAUAAGAUUCGUGUUUGAUGAAAAUCUCGUGGACGACACGUCAGGAAAAUUAUUGCCAAACAAGCUAACAGUGGAUAACUUAACAAUAGACUGGCUAAGAAGUCGACUUACGGAACUGGAAUCUUCUUUAAAGACAACCCAACAAAAUCGACAGGCUUCUCAAGAGAGCAAUAGUGACUCCAAAAUGUCAAUCCUGGAUUAUUCAAGAGAGCGGGAGGAAUUAAGGUUACGCUGUCAGGAGAAGAAAUUACAAAGACAAGCUGACGUCAUCAGAGGAGCCCUCAACGAACUCGGUUGCGAGGAAUUACCAUCCGGUUGUGAUCUUUCUAUGGAAGUUUCAUUCACUGAACCACCCGUGAUCAACAAGAGAAAUACAGUUCCAGAUAAUGGUCUAUUUACGCUGAGACGGAAUCAACGACUUAUGACAUUAUUAAGAUCUCCCUUCAAAUCGUUACCCUCAAUAAACGAUACGAAAAAUGGAGUAAUUAGGGCGCGUAGUGAAGGUCCAGCAUCUAAACCAGUUAAUGCUCCAUCAGUAGUUCCUCUACGUGGCGGGUCUAAUACGAGUAACAACCAAAAAGGAAAUGGAAAUGCAGGACUGAUGGAGGAAGAAUGGUUUCAUGGUGUUUUGCCAAGAGAAGAAGUGGUGCGACUUCUUGUUAACGAAGGAGAUUAUUUGGUACGCGAAACUACUAGAAACGAUGAGUGCCAGAUAGUCUUAUCUGUCUGUUGGGACGGACACAAACAUUUCAUUGUUCAAACAACGCCCGAGGGACACUACAGAUUUGAGGGACCUACCUUUCCAUCAAUACAAGAAUUAAUAAUGCAUCAAUGGCAAUCUGGUUUACCUGUAACAAGUCGAUCCGGUGCUAUAUUAAAAUCUCCUAUUUUGCGUGAACGAUGGGAACUUAACAAUGACGAUGUCAUACUUUUGGACAAAAUAGGCAGAGGUAACUUCGGCGAUGUAUAUAAAGCACAGUUGAAGACAGGUAAGACUGAAGUAGCCGUGAAGACUUGUAAAGUGACACUGCCUGAUGAACAGAAAAAAAAGUUCCUGCAAGAGGGAAGAAUUUUGAAGCAAUAUGACCAUCCUAAUAUUGUUAAGCUUAUUGGGAUUUGUGUGCAGAAGCAACCAAUUAUGAUUGUUAUGGAAAUAGUUCCUGGUGGUUCAUUACUUACGUAUUUGAGAAAAAAUGCUGGCACCAUAACACAGCGUGAACAACUUCGAAUGUGCAAGGAUGCAGCUGCUGGAAUGCGCUAUUUGGAAUCUAAAUAUUGCAUCCAUCGGGAUUUAGCUGCGAGGAAUUGCCUUGUGGGAUACGAAUCGAUAGUUAAAAUUUCGGAUUUUGGCAUGUCCAGAGAAGAGGAAGAGUACAUAGUAUCUGAUGGGAUGAAACAAAUUCCAAUAAAGUGGACAGCACCAGAAGCCUUAAAUUUCGGAAAAUAUACUUCUCUUUGCGAUGUAUGGAGUUAUGGCGUUCUUAUGUGGGAAAUAUUUUCUAAGGGCGGCAACCCUUAUAGUGGAAUGUCGAAUUCACAGGCGCGAGAGAAAAUAGAUGCAGGAUAUCGCAUGCCAUCCCCUGAAGGAACACCUGAUGAAAUAUACCGAUUAAUGUUGCGUUGCUGGGAAUACGAACCAGAAAAAAGACCGCAUUUUGAUCAGAUUUAUACAGUAGUUGACACACUUUCUCAAGCACUAUGAAUAAUGAAUUAUAAUUUUGAACAGCCAAUUUCACAAUGGAGUAUUAAGAAGUGUAUGCCAGAAGUACACUUUAUAUCGGUGCUUCAAUUGUUCCAACUUUAUGCGCGAAGUAAAACAAUAUUUUUGUGUAUUCAGCGUGCACAAUAGUAGAGUAGUUUUGUAGAAUUUAAAGAAAUCAAAUCUUAUUUUGAUUUGUUUAACUGGAUCUAAUUUAAAUCAAUUAACGGUCAUUCGUUAAAAAGUAUUUCCUAUUGUCUAUGCUGCAUCUCGCUAUAAGCAUAUGAACACCAUUUUCGAGACAUAUGUUUUGUUAUCGUCUUCUAAUUUAUUUUUUAUCACAUAAAAUAUCUCGACCGUCUAUUCUUGGAUUUUAAUACUGGCAUUUAUUAAUAAUGAUAUUGUAGGCAAGGUUUCGUGAAGUCAACCAUUAUUAAAUAUAAUUUUGGCCUAACACUUCCAUUGAUCCAGUAUAACUAAUUCGAUUUUUAAAAUUCUUAAUUUGUUUUAGUUUUAUUGUAUAUCAUACGUGAUCAUGUUUGAUACGAGGUCUUUUAAAGAGAAAUUUAUUAUGGUAUACAGAGAAUCAAGAAACUGGCAGUAUCCGCCAAAGUAUUUUGUUGAUAACGAAUUAUAUUAUGUAGAUUAUCAAUGUUAAUUACUCGCUGUCAAUUAGAUACUAAUAAUGUUUUAUUACCUGAACAAUAUUGUUAGAUAUGAAAAUAACUUCAAUCUUAGGUAAUACUAUUUGAUGGGCACUUGCUCUUGUGCAUAACAAGUGAUAUUAAAUUGUAUUUCUCAUUUUUUGAUCUUUAAUCGGCAUAAAUAUAAUUUCGUCGCGUAUUGUUUAAUUUCUAUUGUUGAAUUUAUCUAUAUUUGCGAGAUAUAAUAACUAUUAUACCUUUCAUAUAUUAGAUUACUUUAAAUAUCGGCAGCUAUUAACUUUACAAUGUGUAUAACCUUUAUUGCUGUGCAAUAUAAUUGUUCAUGUGUGCAGAAUGUAGAGAUUUUGAAACAUAAACAGUCAGCUAUAGAAAAAAAACAGAUUGUACAUUGUUAUAUAUAUUUAGAAGAGUAAUACAUUCGCAGAACUACAAACAAAGAAAGCUAAGCUUAUUCGUUUGAGAUAUGCUGUCCAAAUGUCCAUUAUAUUUUGUCGGCUUCGAGAAACUUAACAUGAAAAAUGGUAUAUUAUUUAACAUUUAAUUGCAUUGUAUCUGUGCAUAGCAGCUUAAUAGUCAGAAUAUUUUAUACAUACUCGAUAAUCAGGUAAAUUAUAAAAUACUCAAUGAAUGUUAUUGUACACGGUACAUAAAUAAAUAAAAAGAUUUAAACUAUCAUAUA